AUGCGCGGCAAGGGGCUGCCGAGCUUGGGGGAGGAUGCGGCGAAGGGGGGCGGCGUGACCUUCGAAACGGAUACCAUGGGCGGCCGAUUGCCCGGGAUUCCGCCCCCCGGGAGCGGCGACGCGUUCACGCCGGCGCAGACCUCACGGAGGAUCAGCCUGAAGCGCGCCACGUCCCGGAGGAUCACGCGCAGCGUCGGGAAAGUCGCCGUGUCCCUGCGCGCGCGACGCGUCUUCGACGUCGACACCGUCAACGAGACCUACGGCGUCCAGCUUCAGAUAUAUUUCAUGUGGGAGCUGCCGUACUGGGAGCAGGCGCCGUCCGAGGAGGAGCUCCUCAAGAACACCUGGCUGCCGGUGUGGGUACCCAAAUUCCGCGUCAAGCACCAGCAGGCCUGCAGCUCGCAGGAGGUGACGUACAAGUUCAUCAGGAGCAACGACCCGGAGACGCAGCCGCAGAUGGUCCUCGCCGAGCAUCUCCAGCAGGUCCAGCUGUUCCAGCCGUUCGACCUGAGCUCGUUCCCGGGUGACUGCCAAGGUCUAACCGUGGACAUCGAGAUGGAGCAGGACGUGGCUGAGUGCCAGCUGGUGCCGUUCAGCGACGGCACGCCGCUGGGAGACGUGCUCCGGAACAACUGCUUCCUGAAGGACUUCAAGCUCCUGAAGAUGCCCGCGCGGAACGUGACACGCGCGCGGGACAUCUUCCUGGAGAAGCUGAAAUCCCCGCGGAAGCACGAGCCCCUGGAGCCGACGGGGAGCAGCAAGCACCUCGGUUUCCUCCAGAACGCGGCGGGGAUGGGGAAGGGGUGGAAUUGGGACGACUCCGACGACGAGGGCGCCGGGGAACAUAGUGGGUCCGGGGAACAAAGAGGGGAACAAAGAGGGGAAGAGCAGACGUCUCAUGUCGAGAUACCGCCGCCGUGGAUCGCGUCGCUCACCACGACGGACCCGGCCGAGUCGCGCUUCGGCGAGCGGUUCUCGCGCCUGCUCUUCCGCGUGCACAUUCAGCGAAAGCACGGGUACUACCUUCAGAACGUGGUGCACGUGCUCUUCGGCGUCGCCACCCUCGCGCUGUCGUCGUGCACGUACCCGCCCACCGACAUCGCGGGGCGACACGCCAUCGACUUCACCGUCAUCCUCACCGCGACGGCGUUCAAGCAGAGCGUCGCGUCGAUGGUGCCCAACAUCAACUACUCCACGGCGCUGGACAGGUACGUGGUGGCGUGCUUCUACUUCUUGUUCCUCAUGACGGGCUACCACGCCGUCCUGCCCACCCUGUUCGGCGUGGGGCGCGAGGCGAUGCAGGGGACGUUCGAGAUCAGGAUCAACGAGGAUGACGAGAACGAGGCGUUCGAGUACAUCACGAAAAAGAAGCUGAACCUGAUGCAGGAUGUGGACUACUACAUCAACAUCGUGGGCUCGUGCGUGUGGUUCGUGUUCAACAUCUGGUGGCACUGCGCGUUUCGAUGGAAGCGAUGGCACGGACGGUUGAGGUACCUGAAGGAUGCGGAUAACUUCGAGCGAGGGAUCGGGUUCCUGAUCAACCCGAAGGAGUUCGAGUCGUCCUAA